UCUUUAAGGCGCGUGUUGACUGGGGUUUUGAAGUGUCAGUCAGUGAGGGUUGUGACUGUAGGUGGGCCGCCCCCCCCCCAUCCCCCCGCGCCUCUGUGGUUAUAGUGAUGACUGGAGUGGUGUGUAGUGUGUCUUAACUGUUGAGGGCCAAUAUGGGUCACUCACUGAGGAGUGAGGUGGUGUGAGAAGUGUGAAAUGUAACACUGCAGUGGCCUGGAGGCGUCCGGGGGCGUGUGUACCGUGCUGGAGAUGAAGCGGUACACUAGUAGCACGUGAGGCGCCGUGAUGGUACACCGGGCACUCACGGUACACCUCGAGUGCCAGUGUCUUUAAACUUGAUGGUACACCUCGAGUGUCAGUGUCUUUAAACUACUGGUGCAUCUGGAGUGCCAGUAGCCAAGGCCGUAGCCUGUCCCUAAACGGAUGCAGCAGCCGUGUAAGGGCCGGUGACGGCGGCCCCUGGCACUGUGAGGGACACACAAGGACGGUGUAGGCCCCUAGCACUGUGAGGGACACACAAGGACGGUGUAGGCCCCUGGCACUGUGAGGGACACACAAGGACGGUGUAGGCCCCUGGCACUGUGAGGGACACACAAGGACGGUGUAGGCCCCUGGCACUGUGAGGGACACACAGGAACGGUGUAGGCCCCUGGCACUGUGAGAGGGACACAGGGAUGGUGUAGGGUCCCUGGCACCACCAGGAUGGGCUCUGCCUGCACCUGCACAAAAGACGACUCUGUGGAGGACUCGUCGCCCAAGGCCAAGACCAAUGGCCAUGUCCUGGAGAACGGUGGCCAACAUGACGCAGGUGUGGCCCACAGCGGCCACCUCGGAGAUGUGGCCCACAACGGCCACCUCGGAGAUGUGGCCGGGUUGGCAGACGAGACCAACAACAUCGGGAAUGGCGUGGCGGUGUCGAACACGGAUCCUCUUAAGCCCUGGAGGGAGCUGCAGCAGGCCAGCAGGAAUAGUCUGCUAGUUCUGACGCCCCCUAACACCCCCGCCCCUCCACCUGCUCGUCCUGCUCAGCCCCCCCACCACCACACGGCGUCAGAGGAAGAGUUGGUGAGCAUCAUGGCAGGAGAGUUGGCAGCGCUAGUGGCCCGGCUGGAGACGGCUGUGGACCGCCUGGAGAAGGCUGGGGUGCCGGGCCUGGCCGGGGGCGCCAGGUCUGGCAACGCCUCCUCACAGACACCGGACGAACGUCAUCAAGGCUUGAUAUGGGGUGAGGAAUGUACUGUGCCAUUCGUCUUGGCAUACGACGACCUGCUCUCGGGGCCAUUCAAAACGUUCUUUGACUGUAGCAUGAAGAUUGGAGGAGAUGUUGCCAGCAUUGCCAAAAUGGUGCAGUCUACCUUCAUCAACCAACGAGCCUUCCUGGUCACGGCAUCAAAAAGCCAGCGACCAUUGGACACUGAAUUGCCACAGGUGCUAGAACCUACAGGCAAGAAGAUCCAAGAAGUGAUUGCCUUUCGUGAAUCUAAACGUCAAUCCCCAUUCUUCAACCACUUAUCUGCCAUCUCGGAAUCUAUCCCCGGUCUAUCGUGGGUAGCGGUUACCCCUGCUCCAGCACCUUAUGUGAAGGAGAUGGGAGAUUCAGCGGUGUUCUAUACUAACAGAGUUCUCAAGGAAUAUAGGGAGAAAGACAAGAUACAUGUUGAAUGGGUACAGAACUGGAACAAUGUCUUCAAGGAGCUACAAGAGUAUGUCAAGAAACACCAUACAACUGGAUUAUCAUGGAACACUCGGGGAGGCAACGCCAUGGCCAACCUCAAGCCUGCACCAGCCAACUGUGGUGUUCCCCCUCCCCCACCACCUGGCAUCCCUCCCCCUCCCCCCAUGGUGAAACUGGAGCCUAAGGUUGCGGCUGCAGACGAUGGCCGUUCUGCAUUAUUUGACUCGAUCAACAAGGGAACGGCUAUCACUUCUGGACUUAAAAAGGUGGACAGCAACGCACCUCGCCGUCAUCCCCUACAUAAAGGGGCGCGGACAUCACAAACAGUCACAGAUGACAUGAAGACUCACAAGAACCCAAGUCUUCGUGAGGGCCCCAAACCAUUUGUGAAACAAUCGAGCCCACCCAACCGUGCCUCGCCUCACCGUGAUGGCCCAACUGGCCCUCCCAAAUUUGCACUCGAAGGCAAGAAAUGGUUCAUUGAGUACCAGAGUGAUAAGCCAGACCUUAUUGUCAAGGAUGGCAAGAUGGAUCAAUCCAUAUACAUAUUUAGGUGCCAGAACGUCGUGGUGCAAAUAAAGGGAAAGGUAAAUUCUGUCAUCCUAGAUUCCUGCAAGAAGUCAGCAGUGGUGUUUGAGAACCUUGUCUCUUCUGCAGAAGUUGUUAAUUGCCAGUCCUGCAAAGUUCAGGUGAUGGGUGUUAUGCCUACAAUCUCCAUUGAGAAGACUGAUGGAUGCCAAGUUUACUUAAGUAAAGAUUCUCUUAAAACAGAGAUUGUUACUGCAAAGUCAACAGAAAUGAAUAUCCUUAUUCCUAAGGAUGAUGGAGACUUUGUUGAAUGUCCUGUCCCGGAACAGUUCAAGACGGUUAUUAAUGGCUUCUCACUGACCACAACUUGCUCAGAAAAGGCAGGGUAAGGCAGAACAGUAGCAUAUACUGCUUGAAAAAGAGCGUAAACAACUGCAAGUAGCCAGAAUAACGUAUGAUAUCUAGCUCUAGGUUUGAUGAAAUUACAACAUUGAUCAAAGCAGUAAUAGAGGAGACGUUUAAAAUUUUAACUUAUGGUUUAAUAAUUGUGUAUGAAUUUAUGUUCAUAUGUAUUGUGAGUGUUUCAUAUUAAAUAUUGUGAUUAUCCAAAUACAUAGGAUGGUGGUGGUAAAAUCUUCAGGUACCAUAAAGCAAUUAACUAGCAAGUGGAAAUGAUAUAUUAUCUGGCUAAAAGUUCCUUGUUAAAAUAGUUGAAAUUACUGAACUGUUUUGUGGUGAUGCUGACGUGUGUCCUGUCUCCCAUGUCAAGGUUAUUCUCAUAUUUGUUGGGUGCAUUUCUCUUGUUGCCAUUCAUAUGUAGAAGCUUAUUUAGAUGUUAGGAUUUAUUUAAAAUAAAAUUCACACUGUCCUUACAGUGCAGUGUGUAGGGUUCGGCUCAAAAAUUGAGAUUUUAACGACAAUAUAUUGAUAGAUCUUUGCCAAUUUUUGUUAAGGUGCAAUAAUCUGUGCAUAGAUAAUGUGAAGCUGUUUGUAACUGGUAUAUAUUGCCAAUGAAAAAUAUUACAAUGUACUUUGUUUAUAAUUCAAGUGUUUGGUAGGUUACAGUUUUGGUAAAAGUAACUUAGACAUGAUGAACUAUUGGAAAAUAAAGUUUCAAAAUAGACAUGUGUAUCAACUUAAGAUGAACAUAUUUGCUGGAACACAUAAGCUGUUCUCUGGAGGUCAAGCCAAAACAUCAGCAGCACAUAUAGGCACAAGCUCAAAUCUUAACAUUUGUUGCUUUUUCAGAAUUUAUUUAUUUAGUAUUGGAAAGAUGUUUACAAUGAAAGGAACUGACAAGAAUGUUCUUGAAUUGAAUGUGAUGUACUCCAUAAAAUAUUGAAGUAAAACUCCUUGUCUCCUUAAAUGCCUUGAGACUGUAUAAAGGCAGUGCCUCAAAUGUACAGAAAUUUUGCUAAGGAGUUAGUUCUUCAGCCCAAAAGCAUGUUGGCAAAAAAUAUUUGUAUCUUAAGGUGAUGAAAAUUUACUUUUAUAGUAUUUUUACAUCAAUUUAAAUUUUUAAAAUUUCCUAUUAUCUGCUUUCUGCUUCAAGUAGUAUAGAUGCCUUAAGUUAUUAAUGUUCGUUUCUAGUCUGACAGGAAAUGUGUGUUACACACUAAACACUGACGAAGCAAUAUUUGCAUAGAAAACAAAGGGGAAGGAUGUGUUACUUGGCUUUGUUAUUGUCACUGUCUACCACAUUGAUUAACUGUACUCUUCCAUUUUAUAUGCAUAUCAGUAACAUUUCUGAUUUAACUAAUAAAAAGUACAAUUGGGUUAC